AUGGCAUUUGAUAAUAACAAUAACAAUGAAAAUGAAAAAACUCCAUUAGUACAAGCAGCAGCACCACAACCACAAGUACAACCAAUUCAAGCUGUACAAUAUAAUAAUUUACAACCACAACAAUUCUAUUACCCACCAAUUCAACAACAACAACAACAAUUUGCUUAUCAACAACAAAUCCCACAACAACAACAAUCACAAACAUAUGCUGCACCACCACCAGGUUACGUUUAUGCACCAGCUCCACAAUACCAAAUUGCACCACAAUAUCAACCAACCCCAAUCAUUGUUGAAAAAUGUCAUUCACAAAAAUCUCACACAUCUAAAGAUACUACUGGUGCUAUCAUCAUUUUCAUUUUAGGUUUCUUUGUUUCUUGUGUAUGGUUAGCUGGUUGUUUAUAUUUCAGAUCUAAAGAACCAGUUGCCAGAGGUUUAGGUAUUUUAUCAGUUGUUCUCUUUGUUAUUGGUGUAAUUGUUGCUAUCAUUGUUCUUUCAGUUGCUCUCGCUGGAUCUUCAACCUAUUCAUACUACAAUUAUUCAUCUGAAAGCAGUAGUUAUUAUUAUUAA